AUGGCUCCGCUGAAUCGACAGAAUGGAGCACCUGCUUCAGCUGUUCAACAUUUAUUACACAAAAGGAAACGUGAAUAUCACAUACACGCCAAAGCUAUUCAUAAACGGUACAAUUCAUACGUUAUAAAGGUUCUUCCAAGUCACUAUGUGGCCCCCGAGAUCCACUCACUACGAGCUGGUUGCCUAGCAACAAAAGAACAAAAUAAUGUUGUUAAAAUGUAA